CUGUGCGAGUGUCAGGCUGACACAUGAAAGCUCCAGUGGAGAUAAAGGGCCGUUUCAUCAUAUUAACUGUGCAACAGCUCAUAGUCAAUCAUAUGACUCUAAAACAAGACUCGAGUAAUAAUAAAACACGGUCUAAUAAAAAAAUACCCUUCGUGUAAGUACAUAAUGAUUACAUUUAGAUAACAGUGUAGCAUAUUACAUGAGCUGUAUAUGCAAAAUGCAAUCAAUGCAAUGCAUCAUUAGAAAUGAAACAACAUAUUAAAUGUGUAUCCACAAAUAAAACAGUGUAACAGAAAUGAAUUUAAAUAGGCGUUGUAUUAGAAGUCAUUAAAAAAUAGAAAAAAAAAAAAGAAAGAAAAAGUAUCCGAUUUUAGAGUUUUAUAAUUAUAAUCAAUAUUUUAAACAAUGUAACAGAACCUGUUUUCUGUGUAACAUAAAAUAAAUCAGCCCUUUGAAACCUCCCAUGUGACUCUGGGCUGUACACAUUAACAUGAGUUGCAUUUAAGAGUGUCACAGUUUGAAAUAAAAUACUAAUAAUGUCAUUUGUUUGAUAUAAAUAUAAAAGAAAGGAAAAAUAAAAUUGUAUUGCAAAUGCCAUAAUUUUAUAUAAAAUGUUGAGUUCAUAUUACAGGACAGAGAUCAUGACGAUAAUACAUCAAAUAUUGAAUUUAAUUUUGUUAACACAGUGUGAUUCAACAUAAAUUAAAGUUGAAUAAAAGUUUAAACUUUAAUGCAAUUUAAUGGAACGUGAUGUAAGUAAAAGCAACACUGAGGUAUCUUUUAUAUCACGUAACACAGCAGCAUAUUAAAAUGUAAUGAAUAUAAAAAUAUAAAAAAGAAUAAAACAGUAUUACCUUAAUGUAACGUUAUGUUAAAAGUCAAAUAAAACUGAGCCUGAAUCCAGAUGUUUGAGUGAAACCAGCUGAUUUUUUGUCUCUGUUCAAUCCUAAAGCCUGACCCCAUUUACCCAGCUCUUUUUAAAAAGCGCGUAACAACAGGAGUUUUCAUGUGUCAGCAGGACGCCACUGUCUGUUGUUGUUGUUGUUGUCUGUUCUGCACGUGCUCAGACAGGCUCAGAUUAACGGCCUGUUUAAUCCUGUCUGAUAGAUUAUCAGUUAUCAUCCUCCCAGUUACCGUUCCUGCUCGCACGUCUCUGCAGCUGCUGCUGUUUAAAAUUUCUGUUUAAUUCUAAUUAAUAUUAAUUUUUAUAUGUGUGUCAAUUUUCAUUUAUUUUUAAAUUAAUAGAACAUUACUUUUAACUGCUUUUUGUGUAUCCACAUUUUUUAUUAUUGUAUUUAUACUUUUACACUGUGUUCGACUUAUCCCCUAAACAGACCUCUUUUAUUACUUUUAUUUUCUUUUUCUUUUUUUAAAAUGAGAACUACAAAAUUUUUGUAGUAUUUUGACAGGCUAUGGUCUGUCAUUUCUCCCCCCAUGCUUCUUGUUUGCAUGCAGCAGCCUUCAUGUGUUUGUGCUUUAUUAGACCGUGCCAAUGAUGCAAUAACCUGCUGUUUAGUGUGUUCAGAGGACACCUGCUGCCUUCUUCUUUGGUUUCAAUCUUUUAACCUGCUUUCUACUUCGUGGCCUUUCAGGAGGAUAGUGAGCGGUAUUCUCGCCAUUCUCGGAGGCACGCGUCGUUACGACCUGUGUGGAAAGGUGCGUUUGGGACACUAUGACAUCAUUGUAGGCAUGAUCUCUGACGAUGAGGAGAGGAUGUCAGUGGGGAGUCGAGGCAGCCUCAGGCCUUCAGUGUUUUUCUCUGAUGCUCCUCGCUGCCACGGCUACAGGCCUUCGGACUACAGCGGGUUUCUGGGUUCUGGUUCUCGGGCCUCUUCCAGGGCCAGUUCAGCUCGGGCAAGCCCAGUGGUGGAGGAGAGGACAGACAGAGAGUUCCCAGAUAAAGGCUCUAGGACGGCGUCGACGCUGUCAGCAGCCACUCUGGCUUCACUGGGCGGAGCCUCAUCUCGCAGAGGAAGCUGUGACACGUCGUUCUCCGUAGAAACCGAAGCGUCCAUCAGAGAGAUGAAGGACUCUCUGGCGGAGACGGAGGAGAAGUACCGUAAAGCAAUGGUUUCUAACGCUCAACUGCACAACGAGAAGUCGACUCUGAUGUAUCAGGUGGAGACGCUGAGGGAGGAGCUCAACGACAUGGAGGAGCUGCUGUGGGAGACGCGGCGCCGCUGCGACGAUGCACACAAGGAGUGGGAGCGUGAGCGUCAUGCUCACAGCUUACUGCAGUUUCACUUCAAAGACAUGAAAGAAACUCUGAGACAGACUGAGGAGCUGCUCACGGAAGUGACUGACCUGCGUUUGAAGAGCAGCAGUUACAGUCAGGAAGUUUCUGACCUGCAGGAGGCGCUGCAGUGGAAAGACAAAAAAAUCGGGGCGUUGGAACGGCACAGAGAAAUCUCAGACAUUGUUUGCAUUGAGCGUGACCGGCUCAGAGACGAGGUGGUUCGACUGCGAGAUUUACUAAAGAAAAACGGGGUGGCCAUCUCUCCUGACAUUACCACCAAUGGGGAUGCAGAACUUGGUGGGAACGAGGACGAUAUAAGUGCAGAAUCUGCCUCUCGACUGGCUCAGGAGUCUCCUCAAGGUGGCAGAGAGAACAUGCUUGAGUUUCGGCUGAAAAAACUUUUUGAAGAAAGAGAGAGUUUACAGGAUCAGGUGAGGCUACUGCAGUCUCAGCUGGAUCAGAGACAGAAGAUCAUCACAGAAGGAGUUCAGAAUACAGAGAACGAUGGUCUGGAGAACGGGAUGGACUCUCAUCUGUUAGAACUGCAGAGAGAUGCCAACAGACAAAUCAGUGACCUUAAAUUCAAAUUAGUGAAAUCUGAACAGGAAGUCACCACGCUUGAACAAAAUGUAAUCCGUCUGGAGGGUCAGGUGAGUCGCUAUAAAGGGGCGUCGGAGAACGCAGAGAAGAUCGAAGAUGAGCUAAAGGUAGAGAAACGAAAGCUGCAGAGAGAGCUCCGCUCAGCUCUGGAUCGGAUUGAUGAGCUGGAGGCCAGUAACAGCCACCUCUCCAAGCGCCUGGAGAAGAUGAAGGCCAACCGUAAUGCCCUGCUAGCCCAGCAGUGAUUGCUCUUCCCAUCUUCAUCUCCAGAGACAAUCAGACCUGAACAGAAUGUCUUUGCGAGUGCUUGAUUUUACUCUAAAUAAGCACCAGAUAUGUGGAGUUUGCUGAGGCAGUGAAAACAAACCAAAACCUGAAUCUGAGAAAAUGAAAUGUGAUCUUUAAUGUAGCUCUGUGAACACAUGCCAUCCAUAGUCAUGGCAGGAUUUACCACAUCGGACUUCAGACUGUAGCAUUGUCUAUCCAUCAAGCCUCAGAGGACAAAAAAACAGAGCAAAUCGAGCCAGGAGACACAAAAACCUCCACUGCAUUAAAGCAAUGUAUUCUAGUUCAACAUCCACAUAUUUUAGUUCCAGAGGUUAGAGCGAAAAUCAGCAUGUUGGCUCAACACUCUUCACGCCCCAGCAGAAGCUAAGAAAUUCUGGUUCCAGUCAGUAUGUCUUUACUAGAGCCAUUUGUAGAAGCUUUAUAGUACAUCCAUGGUUAUCUUGCUUAAACAAUCCAAUAUCGAGCAUUAUCUGUGGACAUGGAAGUCCAUAUCCAGGCCAUCUUUCUUGUAGAAGCUUUACAGUCUUUCAUCAAAUAGUUUACACAUGAUAGGUGAUGAAAAAGGAGUGAUCACUUUUUAAUGCCUGUGGCCAGUUUAGUCAGUGACUGAAAGUGAUUUAUUUAGUCACCAGCCUCAUUGUGCUUUUAUCAAUCCCUAAAGGCCGAGUGAUGCUACCUGUACUCUGUAUUUUAUUGUUUUUCUUUUUCUUUUUAGAAAAGCCUCAACCUUAAGCAGCCUCAAAUGGAUAUACAUGAAUAGUUGUGGAUUUUGAAAAAUGUUCUUGUUCAUGUUAGUGAGAUCUGUUGGAACAAAACCAAACCAAAUAUAUUUAUGCGGCAUGACUGCAGCACGUCUUCUCACAAUAUAUAGGUUGCCUUGAACAAAAUAUGUUUCAGUAGUCCAUAUAUUAUAGGGUAAAGUUUUCAUGAGCAUUUUUAAACAAGAGCUGAAGCAGGAAAGUGCCUAUGAAAUCGCCCCAAAUUCAGUGUUUUAUCGUCAUAUCCAACCUCUCCCCUGAUUUUGUAUUUAUUUAGCUAUUAUCCAAUUACUAAAGGUCACAUUACAGAAUGUGCAGACUUAAAAACAAAACUAAGCAAACAGAAUGUGACCAUUUAUCUGUGUUUUUACCCUCUGACGCUCCUAAUGCACAUUAAAAACCAUCAGAGCUGCAGUCGUGGUGUCCCAGUGUGGGUAAACAUCGCCCACCUGGCCCUCCAGGUGUGUUAAAACAAACUCUACAUCUGCCUCAUCAGCAUCCAUCUGUGUGCAGUGUGGCACUACCUCUUCUCCAACACUUGGGGGCGCAGUUUCCCUCAGAGACUUGACCAGUUUUGGGCAGAUUGAU